AAUGAAGCAAAGGUCUGGUGGGUGCGCAUGCGCGGGGAAGGAGCAGAACAGUGAUAACACAACCCUCGCCGCUCUCCUAUUUUGCCACUUUUCUCCACCAUGGGGGAGCCUCAGAGCGCUUUACUGCUCCGGAAACAACUGGCAGAAUUGAAUAAGAAUCCUGUCGAAGGCUUCUCAGCGGGACUCAUCGAUGACAACGACAUUUUCAAGUGGGAAGUUCUUAUAAUAGGCCCUCCAGACACACUCUAUGAAGGUGGAUUUUUCAAAGCGCAUCUAAUAUUCCCACGAGAGUAUCCUCUUCGACCGCCUAAAAUGAAAUUCAUCACAGACAUUUGGCAUCCAAAUAUUGAAAAAAAUGGAGACGUGUGUAUCUCAAUCCUCCACGAGCCUGGAGAUGACAAGUGGGGUUAUGAAAAAGCCUCGGAGCGUUGGCUUCCAGUGCACACGGUUGAGACCAUCCUCAUCUCCGUCAUUAGUAUGCUAGCGGAUCCUAAUGAUGAAAGUCCAGCAAAUGUUGAUGCAGCGAAAGACUGGCGUGAAGACUACAAUAUCUUUAAGAAGAAAGUAGCGCGUUGUGUUCGGAGAAGUCAAGAGGAAUAGGAUCUCUAGACUUUAGCAUAUCCCUGGUUUUAAGACUGUGAAUGGGUGUGGUAGUGAUUCCCAGAGGCCACAUGUGGUCGAUAAUCUGGACUGCAACAACUUUCAAGCUGCAACACACCUGCUAUAAACUGAUAUUGAAAAACCUUGCAACUAUAAGCAAGCACAAUACCUAGUGAUAAAAGGUCACUGACCUGACCGUUAACUUGCAAAAUGAAUAUUGGGAUGUCAAAAAUAAAAUUAAAGUACUUUAUGCGGUUUAGUGGUGCAAGAAUCUGGGACCAGAUGCUGGACUGAGACAAGUGUUGAACAGCAUCCUUGUGGCAUUAUUUCUGAUCAGGGUCACAUUGUGAAUAAUGAGUGAUCAUUUUUUUAAAAAGUGAAAACUCUAACCUACCCCAGGGAGAGAUCAGCAGUGGAAAAGUUUACAGCCAUUUCUACGACACUUAACAAAGCCUGAUUAUGUCACAGCAAAAUUGAAGUGUUUAUAAUAUCUUUUUCAUGAACGUUAUAGAACUGCAUGAUAAUGUUUUCAAGUAAAUUUACCUUUUUCCUUCACAUUUCUUCUCAAAUUUUAAAUUAUUGAACUAUGUCAUUUGCAAUAUUCAGGUCAGAAAAAUGGUUUGUUACUUUGCUAUGAUAAAAUUAGGUAAGUUAAGGUCUAGAGUGGAUAGUUUGUGGAAGUACAUACAGGAAGGAGUGACUGCCUUUCCUAACUCAAAUCCACAGUGCUCUUAUAGAUAUUAAACUACUUGGUCAAGCCCUACUGUUAAACAAAUUUAGAUUUUGUUAGGUAUUUUGAUAAUUACUUCAUUUGCAGCUUUAUAUCAACAGGUAGCAUUAAAUCUUAAGUUGGUCCUGAGCAAGACAGGUGGCUGAUAAUUUAGCGGAGACUAUUGAUAUCAAUUUUAAAUUACCAAGCUGAAGUAUUUUUUUCAAUUAUUGGGUUAGGGCUGUACCUUUGCCCAUGAGAAUAAAGUUAGACAAGUAAAAGUAAAGUGUUGAUAUUCAUGAAAAUUGUCCCAAGUUUAUCACUGACACCAUUCAGUCAUCAUUGGUAGGAUCCUUUUUAAGCUAAAGUGGAUCUCAUCAAGAUAGCAUAAUCCAAGUUAUUCUGCUGAAUAGAUAUUUUUAGGUAAUGAAAUUAGAUUAAGAUUACAGUUGCUGUCUUGAGCCUUAAACUUUAUAAUGGAAAUGCAUUGCAAAUUUUCAAUAUAUAUAUAUAUAUAUAUAUAUAUAUAUAUAUAUAUAUAUAUAUAUAUAUAUAUAUAUAUAUAUAUAUAUAUAUAUAUAUAUAUAUAUAUAUAUAUAUAUAUAUAUAUAUAUAUAUAUAUAUAUAUAUAUAUAUAUAUAUAUAUAUAUAUAUAUAUAUAUAUAUAUAUAUAUAUAUAUAUAUUGAAAGGGAAUAUUUAAACUUGCUCACUUAUCAUGGAGGGGAUGGACAUAGUCAAAACUGCAGAGUUUCCAAUGUACUUGACUGUUCUGCUCAUGGAGUGAGUGCUCAAGGAACCACUACUUGUUACCACCCUCUUUACUUUCAUUCAUAUCACAUGGAAUACCUUCAGCAGCAGGGAAUGAGGCUGUUCAUAAGGAUUUAGAAUGCUUUCAUUUUGUUACAGAAUAUCAAUGGGUUAAGGACUCAUUAUUGUUAUACCUUCAAAUGGAGCACCCUUUACCAGGCAGAAAUUUCAAUUACUUUUACUUUGUGCCAAAUGGAACUUCAAACAUUUCAAAUUUCUUGAUGCAAACUGUUAAAUGUAAUGCUGCCUUUGUCCAACAUGUGAAGAGUAAAAACACCAGCAGUAUUAUUUAAUGACUUAAUACUGCCAAAGGGCGUCUUCAUGAAGCGUAUCUCCAGGUCAGUACAUCAACAGGUGUAAGAAUUUAAUUUGCAUCUCAUCCCACCUGGCUUGAUUUUGCCAUGAUAGUCGACUACAUGUUCUUCUGUAGAACCCCCAUGAAGGAUUUAAUACCUCAAGUGUUGAAUUGUCUCAUUGUUCAUGUGUUGGGCCAGAUGAUGAUGGUGGUGUCACCCUGCCAUUGGGGAAUUUAAGAAUCUGUCAUUGUUAAGCCUUAAGGAGGUAAGGGUGGAGCACAAUCAUUGCCCUGACCCAGCAAUAAAUGGAAACCCCAGUAUGAAAAAAACACGUGUGAUAUUAUACUGGACAUAUGAACUGCUACUGUGAACAUUUGUUUUCUACUUUUUUCCAUAUUACUGCAAUAUGUUUUAAGUAACAGUUUGUAGUUGUCCUUCAAUUCAAUAAACACCAAGCUUCA